CACUUAUAUUGGUCCGUACAGGUAACAGGAGGGAGGGAGUAGUAUAUUAAAGAUGAGAACUUACCUAGGUAGUCCUAGUUGUAACAAAAUUUAAGGAGAGCUAUAAUUAAGGUCUCUCGUCCUCAAAAGUCUUAGAAAUUGAAUUUAACAACAAAUUUAUUCCAUCAAACAUAUUAUGGUGGAGGUAAGAGUUCCAAACUUGGAUUGUGAAGGAUGUGCUGCCAAGCUAAGAAAAGCUCUUUUCAAGCUUAAAGGAGUAGAAACAAUAGACAUUGACAUGGAGACACAGAAAGUUACAGCAAGAGGUUACGGAUUAGAGGAGAAGAAGGUGUUAAGGGCGAUAAAACGAGCAGGAAAGGCUGCAGAGCCAUGGCCAUAUCCAGUUGGUUACUCACAUUUUGCAUCAUUUUACCAGUACCCUAAUCACAUCGUAAGCCAUUACUACGAUACAUCUCGAAACGUUGCAGCCCCGAGUGUUCACACAUUUUUUCACACUCCAUCUGUUUAUUCAGUAGCAGUAGCAUCAGAUGAAGCAGUUGCUUCUCUUUUUAGUGAUGAUAAUCCUCAUGCUUGCACCAUCAUGUGAAAUUUUAUUGAUUUUAUAACAUUGUAUUAUACUUAUUGAGCUUAGUAUUGUAAUGUUGCGUUUUUAUAAUUCACCUUAUUGUUUACCCAAAUAUCCAGCUUUUAGUAUAAAUAGUAGUCAUGGGCACAAGUUCAAAUUUUA